AACCACGCUAAGUUAUUGUAGAAACAAGAGAAGAAGAAAAAAAAAGAACAACAGAGAGAGAAGAGAGAAAAAAGGGGAAAAGAGAAAGAGAGAGAGAGAGAGAGAGAGAGAGAGAGAGAGAGAAAGAGAGUGGUUCUUCACACUCUCACAUUCCACAGAUCAGAUCCGAAACAAUUCCUGAUUCUCAGAUCCAUUUGAAUUUCGGAUUCGCGAUUCCAAUUUCGUGUUUCCGAUUAGGUUUUGGUUUCUUGUGUGAGGAAUCGGACGGAAAUGGCGUGCAUCAAAGGGGUGAAUCGAUCGUCGUCGGUGGCGCUGGCGCCGGAUGCGCCCUACAUGGCGGCGGGGACUAUGGCCGGCGCCGUCGAUCUGUCCUUCAGUUCAUCGGCGAACCUCGAGAUAUUCAAGCUUGAUUUCCAGUCAGACGAACCCGAACUGCCUCUCGUCGCCGAGUACCCUAGCUCCGAGCGCUUCAACCGACUCUCGUGGGGGAAGAACGGUACCAACACGGAAGGAUUCGCGCUAGGCCUCAUUGCUGGUGGACUUGUCGAUGGUAACAUUGAUAUCUGGAAUCCUCUCACUCUGAUCCGUUCGGAGAAAAAUGAAAAUGCUCUAGUUGGACAUCUUGUAAGACAUAAAGGACCGGUUCGUGGUCUUGAGUUCAAUGCCAUCACACCAAAUCUUCUUGCGUCUGGCGCUGAGGAUGGUGAAAUUUGUAUAUGGGAUUUGGUCAAUCCUUCUGAGCCUACUCAUUUUCCACCACUUAAGGGUAGUGGCUCUGCUGCCCAGGGGGAAGUUUCAUUCUUAUCUUGGAAUAGUAAAGUCCAACACAUAUUAGCAUCCACUUCCUACAAUGGGACCACUGUGGUCUGGGAUUUGAAGAAGCAAAAGCCAGUGAUAAGCUUUGCAGAUUCAGUUAGAAGGCGUUGCUCAGUUUUGCAGUGGCAUCCUGAUGUUGCCACACAACUUGUUGUUGCAUCAGAUGAAGAUGGUUCUCCUUCGCUAAGGCUUUGGGAUAUGAGGAAUAUAAUGACACCAAUAAAAGAGUUUGUGGGUCACACCAGAGGUGUUAUUGCAAUGUCAUGGUGUCCCACUGAUAGCUCUUAUUUGAUAACCUGUGGCAAAGAUAGCCGGACCAUAUGCUGGGACACAAUUUCUGGAGAGAUUGCCUGUGAAUUGCCAGCUGGAACCAACUGGAAUUUUGACGUGCACUGGUAUCCAAAGAUCCCAGGAGUGAUAUCAGCGUCCUCCUUUGAUGGAAAAAUUGGAAUAUACAAUAUUAAGGGUUGCCGUCAUCAUGGUGUCGGGCAAAAUGAUUAUGGUGCAGUAUCACUUAGAGCUCCAAAAUGGUACAAGUGCCCUGUUGGCGUUUCUUUUGGCUUUGGUGGAAAACUUGUGUCAUUUCAGUCUAAGGCAUCUGCAUCUGGUUCUCAACUUGGACCUUCAGAGGUUUAUGUGCAUAACUUGGUCACUGAAGAUGGUCUAGUCAGUCGAUCCUCUGAAUUUGAAGCUGCAAUUCAAAAUGGCGAAAGGUCUUUGUUGAGAAUUUUAUGUGAUAAAAAAUCUCAGGAAUCAGAAUCUGUGGAGGAUAGGGAAACUUGGGGGUUUUUGAAGGUUAUGUUUGAAGAUGAUGGGACUGCACGCACAAAACUUCUAACACACCUUGGAUUCAACGUACCUAGUGAAGAAAAAGACACAGUUAAUGAUGAUCUUUCCCAAGAAGUAAAUGCUCUUGGACUUGAGGACACUGCUGUUAAUAAUACAGGACAUCUGGCACCUCAUGAAGCACCUUCUUUUUCAUUUGAUAAUGGGGAGGAUUUCUUUAACAAUCUUCCCAGUCCUAAAGCUGAAUCACCCGUAACUACUUCUGUGGGCAACUUUGUUGCUGAGGACACUGCCAAUGGAUCAGAGAAAAUCCAAGAUUCUGUCGAAACAGAGGAGAGCAGUGACCCUUCAUUUGAUGACAGUGUUCAGCGUGCUUUAGUUCUUGGGGAUUACAAGGGUGCAGUUGCACAGUGCAUAUCUGCAAAUAAAUGGGCCGAUGCCUUGGUUAUUGCUCAUGUUGGUAAUGCUUCCUUGUGGGAAAGUACAAGAGAUCAGUACCUUAAGAUGAUCCGGUCGCCUUACCUAAAGAUUGUAUCAGCAAUGGUGAGCAAUGACCUAUUGAGCCUUGUGAACACUAGGCCUCUCAAAUUUUGGAAAGAAACCCUUGCUCUUCUUUGUAGUUUUGCUCAGAGAGAUGAAUGGACAAUGCUUUGUGACACACUUGCCUCAAAACUCAUGGGGGCUGGCAAUUCGUUAGCUGCAACUCUUUGUUAUAUAUGUGCUGGAAAUAUUGAUAAAACAGUUGAAAUAUGGUCGAGGAGCCUGUCAGCUGAGCAUGAGGGGAAGUCUUAUGUUGAUCUUCUUCAGGAUCUGAUGGAAAAGACUAUUGUUCUUGCCUUGGCAACGGGACAGAAGCAGUUUAGUGCUUCUCUGUGCAAGCUUGUUGAGAAAUAUGCUGAAAUUUUAGCAAGUCAAGGGCUGUUGACCACAGCAAUGGAGUAUUUAAAACUUUUGGGUUCUGAUCAACUAUCACCUGAGCUUGUGGUUUUAAAGGAUCGAAUUGCACGUUCUACAGAACCUGAGAAAGACUUAAAAACUACUGCUUUUGAUAAUUCUCAAUCACACAGUGGAUCCUUUUAUGGUGCUGAUAGCUCUAGUUAUAAUAGAACUUACCAUCAGGAGUCAAUAUCUGCUCAAGUGCCGCAUGGGAUUUCUGGUGUUCAAUAUUCUGAAAACUAUCAACAGCAAUUUGAUCCUAGAUAUGGAAGAGGAUAUGGUGUUCCUACACCACAGCAGCAACCUCAGCAGCCUAAUUUAUUUGUUCCACCACAGACUGCUCAGGUUCCUCAACCUCCCCAGAUGAACUUCUCGAAUAAUGUUGUCACACCCCCUCCUUUGAGAACUUUCGAUCCUCAUAAUUUUCCGGCGCUUAGAAACGUGGAACAAUAUCAGCAGCCCACAUUGGGUUCUCAGUUGUACAAUUCAAGCAGCAAUCCGCCUUACCAUUCAGCACCCCCUGCUCCAUCACAUGUGGGUUUAAGUCAUAACCCUAACUUGUCACAGGUUGUGGCCCCUACACCAAAUCCAAUGGGAUUCAUGCCAGUCCCUGGUUCUGGUGGUGUCCAAAGACCUGGGAUGGGAUCAUCGCAACCACCCAGUCCUCCCCACCCUCAACCUGUUCAACCAGCUGCAGCACCCGCAGCGCCACCACCUACUGUGCAAACAGCCGACACUUCAAAAGUACCUGCACACCAAAUGCCAAUUGUUACAACAUUGACAAGGCUUUUCAACGAAACAUCAGAAGCAUUGGGUGGUGCACGUGCAAACCCAGCUAAGAAGCGGGAGAUAGAAGACAAUUCAAAAAGACUCGGUGGAUUGUUUGCCAAAUUGAACGGUGGGGACAUCUCCAAAAAUGCAUCUGAUAAGCUCCUUCAACUUUGUCAGGCGUUAGACAAUGGUGAUUUUGGUACUGCCUUACAAGUUCAGGUUAUUCUUACUACUAGUGAGUGGGAUGAAUGCCAGUCAUGGUUGGGUUCACUUAAGCGAAUGAUCAAGACAAGGCAGAGCGUGAGGCUAAGUUAAAGAAGUUAGAAAUUUCUUUUUCCUUUUCAUGAUUUUGGGAAAAUUUUCAUGUGAUUAGCAUCUUGCAAUAGUGUCCCUUGAUCCUGUCACCCGUGUACACAAGACUACUGUCUAGAUUGCAAGUGCAGGGUUUUGAUUCUAUGCGCACAUCUACAAUUUCUUGCAGUGUCUGCUGCUUUCUUCACAUAGACAGUUAUUAAAAGCGGUUACUGAAGGUAGUUUUCAGGACAUGAUCAGAAAAGAUAUUUAGCAGAUUGUUUUUUCAACCAAUAUUUGUAUUAUGGAGAACACUGUUUUGUUUGUUUGCUCAAAAGAUAUCGGAUGGUUUUUCUUUUACCUCAGCUAUAGAUUGGGUCAGUGUUUCCUUUUCGUUAUUUUCUUUUCUUUUUAAAGAACAUUGUAUCACAGUAGUCAUAUAAAGUAUUGAUUGGUCGACAAA